UCGGAGCCGUUCUCGGCCGCCCGAGCCCGGCCGGUGCUGCAGCGCCGCCGAGAGCGGCCUCGGGGGCGGCAGCCGCGGGAGCGACCGGGAGAGCUGCUUCCCUGGUGGGGCCGAGGCGCGAGAAGACGAGACCCCCAGCAAACUUUCCAGCGGCUUCGGCCGUGGUGGCUGCGGCAGCGGGCUCCGUCCCCUGGCAGAUCCCGGGCCCGGGAGCUAGUGCCUUCAGCUGGGAAGGUCUGGAGCACCAGCUGAGAGCUGAGCCUUGUCCUCUGCCGCUGCCACUCUGCGCAGAAAGGAUCUGCUCCAAGACCACAGGGACCAAGGUGGGAUUUGCUGUGCUACCAUCUGCAGACAGCAGGUUUGGUGCUUCCUGGUGCUAGAUCAUAAGUAUAAUUUGCAUCUCCUGAAGGGCAAUACCGACAUUUAGCAAGCCAAGCAUUUCCAAGGCCAUCAGCCGGAGCCCAUGUCUGCGCUGAGUCUCCUCUGCAGGAUGCUGUCUGUGAGCCUCAGGUGGGAUAGUAACAUCUUUGGGGGGAAAGAAAAUUGGCUUCCUUUCCUGAAAGUGGUGAAUGUACAGCAGGUGGCCACACGGGAGGAACAAUAGCCAGAUGGCCACCUUCCAUGUCUUGUCCUAGGAAACAGAAUCCCUUGUAAGAGUCCAUGUUGAUCUUGGAAAUAGAAGGAUUAAGAAAAGUUGAGUUUCCACAGAGAACAAGAACUUUACCAUCUCCUUUUUGAUCUGAAGACUGGGGGACAAUGGAUGUCAUAGAGACUGCAAAGCUUGAAGAACACAUGGAAAAUCAGACCAGCGAUCCCACAAGCACUUACACACGACCUGCUGAGCCUGCUGAAGAAGAAAACAAAAAUGGCAAUGGUAAACCUAAGAGCUUAUCCAACGGGUUGCGGAAGGGCACCAAAAAGUACCCAGACUAUAUCCAGAUUGCUAUGCCCACUGAGUCCAGGAACAAAUUUCCCCUCGAGUGGUGGAAAACGGGCAUCGCCUUUGUGUACGCUCUUUUCAAUCUCGUCUUGACAACUGUCAUGAUCACGGUUGUGCACGAGAGGGUUCCUCCCAAGGAGCUCAGCCCUCCACUCCCAGACAAGUUUUUUGAUUACAUAGAUCGGGUGAAAUGGGCAUUUUCUGUAUCAGAAAUAAAUGGGAUUAUAUUAGUUGGAUUAUGGAUCACGCAGUGGCUGUUUCUGAGAUACAAGUCAAUAGUGGGGCGCAGAUUCUUUUUUAUCAUUGGAACUUUAUACCUGUAUCGCUGUAUCACGAUGUACGUCACCACUCUCCCUGUGCCUGGAAUGCAUUUCCAGUGCGCUCCAAAGCUCAAUGGAGACUCUCAGGCCAAAGUACAGCGGAUUCUCCGGUUGAUAUCUGGUGGUGGGUUGUCCAUAACUGGAUCGCAUAUCCUGUGCGGAGAUUUCCUCUUCAGUGGUCACACAGUUAUGCUGACGCUUACUUACUUGUUCAUCAAGGAAUACUCGCCUCGUCACUUCUGGUGGUAUCAUUUGAUCUGCUGGCUGCUGAGCGCUGCCGGGAUCAUCUGCAUCCUCGUAGCACACGAGCACUACACUGUCGACGUGAUUGUGGCUUAUUACAUCACAACACGGCUCUUUUGGUGGUAUCAUUCUAUGGCCAAUGAAAAGAACUUGAAGGUGUCUUCACAGACUAAUUUCUUGUCUCGAGCAUGGUGGUUCCCCAUCUUUUAUUUUUUUGAGAAAAACGUACAAGGCUCAAUUCCUUGCUGCUUCUCCUGGCCACUCUCCUGGCCUCCCGGCUGCUUUAAAUCAUCCUGCAAGAAGUAUUCGCGGGUUCAGAAGAUCGGUGAAGAUAAUGAGAAGUCUACCUGAGGAGCAAAGCAAAGGCAUCAGCUCUUACACCAAAAGAGUCAUUGCUGUAACCAAAGGUAUAGUUUUUUUUGUUUUUUAUUUUAGGAGAACUGACUGGUAAAUGAAGAAGUGGACCAAAUUUUGUGCAAAUGCUUAGAAAGAUGAAUGAAGUAUUACCUUUUGACUGGUUUUCUAUUCGUCCUGAGAAAGUUACAUUCUCCCGUGGCUCUUCAUUCAUUGGUGACAAGCCCUCAGUCUGGGACUUUACUAAUGAGCUUGUUAAAGAGGUGCCAAAGAACAUACUACUCCUUUCCUCAUUCUUUCUCCACUAAAGCGCUCCACUUUAGACUUUUUUCAGGAUUUUUUUUCCCCCUCCAAGGUCAAAAGAAUUUGUUAAUGUUUUAAAUAAAAAUAUCUGGAUAUAUACAGCUACUGUGUAAAUAGAAUCACCUGAUGUUGAGAGUGGUUUUUAGCAUUAGCCCUACCGGCGAGGGGGCGAUCCACUCACUGGGCCGUGAGUGGACUUCGGGUGAACGUUGUUUCCUCCCCGUCGAGGGGAAGGUCAGGGUCAGGUCUGGGAAUAUGCACUGCUGCUGCUCCCAAUGUACUGUGUAUCACUUUUACUUUAUUCUUUUUAAACUGAUAAUUUUAUAAUUUAAAAAAAAGCUUUAAAAUAAUAUAAAAGUAUUUGGCGCACCCCACAUGUGUGUAAAUAUUUCAUUGUAAGAUCUCUGUGACAGACACACAGGGAAACAUGGGGUGUUCCUGCUAGGAAUGGUCUCAUGCACACGCUUACCUGCUGUCUGCCUGGUAAAUUGGCACCUGUACCCCCAGGGCAGUGGACUGUGUAGCUCAGGCUGAAGACACGUAUGUGUGUGAACUGAUGCUCAUGCCCUUUGGGGAACAAGCCCGUGUUUUUCUCCCAGGUCAUGCCCUAUGUGAGAUCUGUUUUAGAGCUGCUCAUUGGAACUCACAAAUACAAUUGGUCACAUUUCACUGAAAACCAUUUCUUCCUAGUUACAUUGAGCUUUGUGGAAGAACCAAGAUAGAGUCCAAAAGUUUAAUGCAUCCUUGCCUUUUGGUAAGAGACUUAGCUUCUUAUAUACUGGUCCUAAGGACACAUACCACAAUUGAGUAAUUUUACUUUGACCCUGAAAUGAUACCACGGUGCUGCACUAUAAUCUACGGCUGGAACCCAUGUAUUAGACAGUUACAGCUACUCAGUAAAGGGGAAUAACUGUUUCUAAAGUUCUUUCAGGUGAUGCAAAAAAAAAAAAAGGAUUAAAAAAAAAAUCUGACCAGAUUUAGUACAUUGAUUAAUGCUGUUGAAUCUUUUUGAUAAUUCUUGGCUUAAUUUCUUUAGACUUCUAGUAACCUUAGAAAAAGAUUCAAGGUUACAAAAUAAUUAACACUAGUCAGAGGGUGGAGAGGCCAACAGGGGUGGAAGGGAGGCAGUUACAUUUAUAUUAAAGGUGAAAACUCCCUCCACUUAGAAUGAAAACAUCCCUCGAUUUGUCCUUGUAAAUGAGUGAGCCCAGAUCUGGUGCACAGAGCUGACCUUAAAUCGUUUAAGAGAAGCACAAUACAGAUCUAUUCAGAAGGGUCAUUGUCCUUUGGUGCUAAAAUUCUGUAUACGUUUUCAGUAUGGUUCUUUCUCCAUGUGAAAAAGAAACACUAAAGGUUGAAUUCAAAGGCAGAAAGAAAGACUAAUCUGGUUACAUUUAAAACAAGAAAGCAAAUCCUAAACAUCCUGGGCAAGCUUCGAAAUGCAAAAAGUUUUUCUGGUAUUUAUUAUUAAGUAAACCAGUAAGAAACGUUUGUGUAGCUUACCUGAUGUGUUUAGCCAUAAUGCUACAUAAUUUUCACUUAUUAAAUAUUGACAUGUGAUAGAAUGGUGUGUUCUUCUUGAAAACACUGAUUUUAAAUUUCUGCUAAUUGUGAAAAGAAAUAUCUGGCACUGAGGCCCAGGUUUUGCUCUCCUAAUACUGGUAUAUUCCUUGAGCCUCUAAUUCAAAUAAAACAACCUGAUAUAUACCUUAGAGCCUUAUUCAACUGCAUCUUGGGUAACCCAGUCCUCUGCAGAUUGAGGAAGGAAACGUGUAUAAGCUUUGAAAAUCAUAGUGUAUUGAUUGCUGGAGAUCCUUGAAAACAGUUUAAACCUUGCAUUUUAGUCAAGUAAUCUAGUUUUUUUUAAAUAAUACUAUCACCUUUUAAAGAACUUUAAAAACAUCCAUGACUCCACGUGUAGACACUAUUGCUCCUGUGUUCUUUGCACAUACAUGUCAUAGCUCUCUAAUAAAUGCUGUGCAAGCAUGUGGUAUGAAAAUAAGGGGGCACAUAUCAAAGUUUCAAGAUGGGAAAAUAUGAGAAGUAUCAAAGCAUAUACAUUUAGGAAAGCAGACUUGAAGUUCAACCCAACAUGCCACUUUGGGAUAUAAAACCUAAUUACUAGACUUGCUGUGGUGAUUAUUUCACAAUAUAUACAAGUAAAAAAUUAUUAUGUUGUAUACCUAAAAUUAACAUAAUAUUGUAUGUCAGUUAUACCUCAAUUAAAGAAACCAAACAAUUACAAGCUUGCCUUUUGAAACAGUAAAAUUUUGGAGCUCCUUUUUCUUGCUAACCAAGAUACAAGAUCUUAUCUAUUAUCCUUGUUUUUGUAAUCCAGUGCUCCUGUUACGAGCCUUUUCUGUGAUUUAGUCCUCUGUGCAAUAUCUAUAAUAGAUAUAUUUCUAUAAAUGAUGCAUCAUUUAAAAAAUAUUCUUUCAAAUGGAAAUCCAUUCCUUUCAGAUUCUAAUUUUUGAGCUCCCCUGCUAGCUCGGAAAAUAAAGCAUUCUUCCCCAUUCAGUUCUACCCAAAGUAAUUUUGAGUUUGUUAUUUAAUUUACUGGCAUCUUGGGAAACAUGUUUUUCUGUGGAAGGAAGGCUCUUGUGAGUGAGCCCAAGUUUCUAGUCUUGGUUGACACUUGGAUGAUGCUGCAUAAGGUUCUUUGCUGUAUACCAGUGCCCCCUUGUGGAAAUAUGUUAUAUAACUUGGAACACAAACGCAACUUUUUAAAGGAUAUUUUCAAGUUUUUAAAAGGCAUUUGUUUUUUAUUAUUUUUGCCAAUAAUCUGAAAGAACCACAAAAAAGGAAUUAUUUUAAAAACAUAUUAAACCUUUCCCAAAGGGAAAACGUGCUUAGAUCACAGGGAGUUGUAAUUCUAAUCUUUUAUCCAUUUGAUCAGAGAAAAUAUGCAGACCAUUUUUACCUCUCACCAUCACAAUCAUUAAUGUCUCCCUUUAUAACUACCUAUACUUUGUUUAUUUUGAAACACCAAGUUUCAAAGUCCUACAUGUUUUUUUUUAACAUGCUAGAACUCAUGCAGUUUCUUUUUUAAUUUGAAAGUUCACAUCUUGUUCCUUGCAUAUUUUGAACAUUUCUUUUUAAAUUCUUUUAUGUUGUUUUUGUUUUGCACUGUAAAACUGAUUAAAAAUUUAAGCUGGUCUUAACACACUCACUUCUGUAGUGUAAGGAAGUGUGAGAAGGAAUUUAAUAAAUGAGUUUACAUGUUUAAAUCAAGUAUAUUAUAAUUAAUAUGCCAUGUGUUGAAGGCUUUUCUAUUUGUGUGUUUAGAGUCCUGGUGUUUUGUUUUUUUUUUUUUAAUGUCAUUGUGUUGCAAUAAUUUAACUCCUUUGACUUACUUGCUAAAAAUAUUUCUUCUAUUAAGAAGUGCUCUUGACUUCAAUACCUGAACACUAAAAAUCGUGUCAAAAGGUACCCAAAGAUAAUUUUUUAUACAGAUACACACCUUAUAAAUUCUGAUUUAUAUAUAGCUGUGUUCUAAAUGAAUCAUGAAUGAGAAUAGUUCUUUAUUGUGAAAUUAUUUAAAACUUCCUUUAAAAGAAAAAGAAGAAACUAUAAACUUAAGGUAAUCUAGUUGCCAAGUUGGGAUUCAUUAUUUAAUUUACCUCCUAUGCAAUGAUUAAUGCUGCAAAAUGUAUGGUUAUGUUAUAUUAUAUUCACAAAAGAAAUAUUAUUACAAGGUUUGAGAGGUAGCCAACUGCUUUCUUUUGGAAGUUUACUGUACUGUUUCCGUGUGUUAAGUGCCUUGUUGUAAAGUAAAAUUUUAAGUGUAGAAUUCAUUAUUUUCCUGACAUAUAUUUUUCAUUAUGAUAUAUACUGUAUAUUAUUGUAAUAGUUUUAUUAAAUGCUUAUGUUUUAAUUAAAUAUGUAAAUUUCAGAAGCUCUUUUUCCUACCCACCAGUACUUUAGUCAUUGGUCUAUCAUAUGGGAUUUGAAUUCAGGUUCCUUUUUUUUUUUAAAGAGGAAAUUAUCUUAGUUUAGAAAUAUGUUUUCCAUGCUUGUGCUUUUGUGUUUGUAAAAACAUUUCAGGAGGAAUUUAGGAGUGUAACUACCGUUUGUACUUGAAAAUGCCAUUUUACAUUUACAUUUUAAGUGCCUAAUUGUUAGUUAAAACUAAUUUAUGUUUCUAUUCUAAACAGAAUAUGUCUACUUGGUUUCUAAUCUCUUUGGCUUUGCUUUAAUAAAAAAAAAGCAAGAGCCUAUACUUUGUAUUUAUCCAAUAAACCACCAUGACAUCGAGUCUUUUCAAAA